AUGGCAGAUCGACUGACCCAGUUGCAGGACACGAUCAAUCAGCAAGCUGAACACUUCUGUAACAGCAUCGGAGUCCUUCAACAAUUCUCAUCGCCGAGCAAAUUCCCGGGUUUCGAUCGCAGCGGUUCACAGACGCCUCAACAGCAACAAAACCAGGAAGACUAUGCAAUGCUAUUUGCGACACUGAUAUCUAGAUGUGCUAAGGACAUCGAUACUCUUAUUGAGUCGUUACCAAGUGAGGAAAGUUCAACAGAGCUGCAGGUCCAAAGUCUGAAGCGUUUGGAAGCUGAGAAUAAAGAAGCCGCGGAACAAUUAGAGGAGGUGGUCCGACAAGGAGAGAUACUCUUAGAGAAAAUACAAGGAGCGUUAAGUGACAUCGCACAAUCACAACUAGACAUGCAGAACCCUCAACUCAUACUCAAUAAGGAUAUAAAACCACAAUUAUAG